GCAGAAUUAACCGGACAGUUUAUAGUGGCGCACUCAAGUAGCCUCCAUGACAGCUUACAGUUGACUACAACACCAAGUUGAUGUUGGCCUCUCUGUCCACGAUGAUGUCGCAUGGCUUCAAAAGCAGCAAGCAGGACUUCACCUUUGGACCAUGGAGAGUGACUGCUGCCAGAAACCACAUCAUGAAAUCCAAGGACAUUGAACGGUUAGCGGAGGAGAUGAACAUGCCCUCCCUUCCGGAGAUGCUGUUCGGGGACAACGUCCUGCGCAUCCAGCACACGGACGGCUACGGCAUCGAAUUCAACGCCAUCGAUGCCCUGAGGAGGGUCAACAACAUGGAGGACGCAGUCAAGGUGGCCUGUGCGCAGGAGUGGCAGGAGAGCAGAGCUGAUUCUGAACACUCCAAAGAGGUGGUGAGACCGUACGACUGGACAUACACCACCGACUACAGAGGCACCCUCAUAGGAGAAAGCAUGCAGAUGAAGGCAACCAAGACGGAGGAACGGAUCGACAUGGAGAAGCUGAAGGCCCGGGAACAAAUCAUGUUCUUCGACGAGGUGCUGCUGUUCGAGGACGAGCUGCACGACCACGGCGUCUCAAUGAUCAGCGUCAAAAUUAGGGUGAUGCCCACCAGCUUCUUCCUGUUGCUGCGCUUCUUCCUACGAGUGGACGGAGUGCUGAUUAGAAUAAAUGACACGCGACUGUAUCACGAGGCUGGAAAGGACUUCAUGCUGCGAGAGUUCAGCACGAGGGAGAGCAAAGUAGCAGAGCUGAAGAAUGUACCCGCCGCACUGUACACAGAUCCUAACGAGAUUGCCCAGCACUUAACCCUGAAGCUGACAGAGAGCGAGAGGCUGGAGCUUCCCAUGAUGCAGUACGAGACAGCUGUCAACGAAGUAAUCCAGUGACCGCUACACUGAUGGGUCCACAUCCAUGUGUUGCAUGAUGAGAAAAAAAAUGGGAAUCUUAGUCCAAAACCACAUUAAACCACAGUAACAUAACAGCCGUUGAUUUCCCCUUCAAAUAUCUGUACAGGAUUAGUUUUUAUACGUGACCACUAAGAUGAUGUGUUCUUAAAACUCUCACGGCAGUUUCAGUAUGUUCACAGUGCAGCUUGACGCACUGUAAUAUCAGAGAAACGUUAACCCCAGUUAAAUACUUUGGUCUAGCUUCUGGCUCUGUUCAUAUUUGAACUGAUUUUGUUUUAUACGGCAUUUAUUCCACGUGAAAGGCUCGAUAAGGUAGUUGUAUCCAUGCUCGUAAUAUUGGUGUAUUGAUAAUGUGUUUGUAAAAAAAAAAAAAAAAAGCUACACUAAACAGCACUGUUUAG